AGAGUUUGGACAUUUAGCCUAAAGUAAUAUUCUGCGUAAUCAAUUUAGUGAGUGACUCAGAAUAACCAGAAUCCUUAAAAGGAAUUGAGUUUACCAGCCCUACCAGUAUGGGAAAAACUAAAAGUCACACACCGGUCAUUAUCGGAAAAUAAGUCCCUUCAGGACGAAGCAACAGACGGUUGGUCCUGUCGGACUUAUUAUUUUCUUUUCUAUGUAGGCCAAGACGCUUGUGAAAGAAGGUAUGCAUCUUUCAAUUGACAAAAAGGUAAAUUCCCAAGUUCACAUUAAAUUUGUUGGACAUGAAUGUCCACAUGGACUAUACAUGAACUCUACAACGUACGACAAAAGUGACAACGAACCCCCAACUGGGCAACUCAGGUAGCAACAUCUUCCACAGUGUCCCACUGUUUGUUAUCAAGGCGAGUCGCUUAUUUUCCAACAGCGCGAGCUCGUGCACAAAGCAGGAAAUUCACGUCCAUGGAUUCCAGGAAAUGUUAUGGCGAUUUUAACCAGUUGUCAAUGCAUGCGAAGCAAGACUAUAGGCCAGCCACAAUAAUGGCAAUGAAUUUACUGAAUUGCUAGCCGGGUUCGGCCUCUGGGCACACAGAAACAUACAUUCUGGCCAAACCCACACAGAAAACAUGUCUGAACCCAAGUACAGGACGUUGAUUGUGAACGCUAUUGAUUCACUACGGUCUAGUAAAACCAAACCAGACUUUAAGAAGAUAUGUGGAAGGGUAAAGAGACACGGGUUAAACCCAGAUCGCACCCAUGCAGAACUGGAGAAACUGGUCCAAGAACAGAAGGUAGAAAUCAAAGACAGCGGCAACGGCUCCAUCUCUUACCGGAACGCCGCAGAUUUGCCGAGGAAACGCCAGAAAAAGAGUAAGCUCACACCAGACUGCAGUAGCAGCAGCGGGGAUUCACAAGGCAAACGCGCCAACGACAACGGGGACAGCAUAGACAGCUUCAUGGAUGAAGAGGAGUAUGAAGACAAGGAACCCGAGCCUACGGGGGCGAUGCAGAACUUUCACCCCCAAAUCUCAGUCCAAUCCCUAGCCACAGCCACUGUGCUAGAAGAUACAGAAGGAGGUUUCGCCACACAAACAGGAAGUUACACCUGUACGUUUUGUGCGAAGCAGUACAAGUACUUCAACCCUUACCAGGAGCAUAUGGCUCUGCACACACCCCAAGAUCAGUCAUUUGACUUGCAGUCACCAUGUUCACAACAGAAAAAGAAUGUCAAGAAAUACACCUCAAACCACUCUGAUCGCAGGCCUCCAGGAUCAGAGCUGAGGAUUGUGCUACUGGGUAAAACUGGAGUAGGAAAGAGUGCGACAGGAAACGCUAUCCUGAGGAAACAGGCAUUUAAUGAAGAUUUCAUUUUUGACUCUGUCACUUCAGUUACUGUGAGGGAGACUGCCAAUGUGUUUGGGAGACAGAUCACAGUGAUUGACACCCCAGGACUACUUUGUACAUCUCAGACAGCAGCUGAGCUGGAAAGCGAGAUAGCGAAGUGUGUGGACCUGUCGGUUCCUGGGCCUCAUGCUUUUCUGAUAGUGAUCAGACUGGGAGUGUUAUUCACAGAGGAGGAGAAGAACGCAGUCAAGUGGAUCCAGAAGAACUUUGGCAAGAGAGCGACUCAGUUCACCAUAGUGCUGUUCACUCAUGGAGAUAUUCUGAAAGGGAGAACAAUGGAAAGUGUUCUAAAUGAAAAGGUCCAGACCUUGAUAGACAGCUGUGAGGGUGGAUACCACACCUUUAACAGUGCACAGAAGGAAGACCAGGUGAAGGAGCUACUGGAGAAGAUAGACACCAUGGUGGAGCAGAACGACGGAGAAUACUACACAAACAAGAAGUACCAGGAGGCUCUGACAAAGAUCACAAUGAGAGCCCUUCAACAAGAACCGGAUAAAGUAAACAGGUCAACAAUGAAUCUACCCAAAGAAAAGAAACACACCCAAGAGGAGCGAAAGAAGCCGUUUGUACAAUGUGUGCAGCCUAUUGUCAGUAAUACACACCAUGAAAGAAAACCCGUCCACACAGGUUCCACUAUCAGCAACGGAAAGACUGCAAAGCGACCCAGAAUGUCUUCUCCCUCCAACACACAAGCAUCUACAUCCGAACACUCACAAGCCAACAAAUCCCCUACUAACAGCCUUUCAGCCCCAGAAUACAAGCCUCCACAGAUGGCAGCUUGUCAGGCCCCAGCAGCCCCGGUAGUGAGCACUGAGCAAUUUGAAGAGCAACACACUUCACAGAGUCCAGAGUUUCCUACUGCGAGCAGAGAGACAUCAGCACAGGCCACGUCACACAUUGCAAUAGCCUCAGUAAGCCAACUGCUGCGAAAGACGUUGGACAACCUGCCUGAGUCUGAGUUUAAGAGGUUCAAGCAUAUUUUGAGAGACAAGUCUACAAUCCCAUGGAGUAUGCUGGAAAAAGCUGACUGUGAUGACAUUGUGGACCAAAUGAAGCAGUGCUUUGUGGAAAAGUGUGUUGAGGUCAUGGUGGACAUCUUAAGGAAGAUGAACAAGAACCAGAUGGCCAUAGACUUGCAAAGGACCUUUGAGAAAAGUCUGGGCAAAGUGGUUGGUGGGGUCAAGGUGAAUGUCACUGGAGCUAACGGAGGUGUGCAGCAAGGAUUGGAUGCAAAUGUGGAUUCUGCACAAGAGAGAAUUUCAAAUGUCCUGAAGGACAAAAUGAAAAGAAAAGUACAAUAUAUCAUGGAGGGCAAUGAAAAUAGACAGGAGAAGAAACUCUUAAACCAAAUCUACACAAAAGUCUACAUCACUGAGGGAGAGACUAGGGUUGUUAAUGAGCAUGAAAUCACCCAGAUAGAUUCAGCUACCAAGAUGCAAUCAAGACAUGGUAAAGAAAUUGAAUGCAACAGUCUUUUUCAGCAAGAUAGAGGCACCAGGACCGUGUUGACCAAAGGGAAUGCUGGCAUAGGAAAAACAGUUUGUGUGCAUAAGUUCAUUCUUGACUGGGCGGAGGAAGAAGCCAACCACAAUGUAAAGUUUAUCUUUGUCCUACCAUUUCGGGAGCUCAGUUUGCUUACAGGAGAAUUUAGCUUUCAUGAACUUCUUGUUGAGUUCCAUCGAGAACUGAACAAUCUUAACAAUCCAGAUAUCUACGACAGCGAUAAAACACUCUUCAUUCUUGAUGGCCUGGAUGAAAGCAGAUUUCGUUUGGACUUUUCCAAGAAGAUGGUAACAGACAUGCACAUGUCCACCACAGUGGACCUCCUAAUCUCAAGCCUCAUUAAAGGGAAGCUGUUCGAGUCUUCUCUCCUUUGGAUCACCUCACGGCCAGCAGCUGUUACCCAGGCUCUAUUAUCGCACAUUGACCAGAUAACAGAAGUCCGAGGUUUCAAUGACGAACAGAAGAAGGAGUAUUUCCACAAGAGAAUCAGUGACCCUGCCCUGGCCAAGACCAUCAUUUCACAUAUCGAAGCAUCACGCAUCCUCUACACCAUGUGCCACAUCCCUCUGUUUUGCUGGAUCACGGCAACGGUUUUCCAGAAAAUGCUUGCUCAGGAAGACCGCAGUGAAAUUCCCAAAACCCUUACCAGUAUGUAUUGCAACUUCCUGCUCAUCCAGACUGACAGGACACACAAAAAGACCUAUGAUGCAAGUGAAAUGAACAGGCAGAAACUUCUAGAGUGUAACAGUGUCAUUUUGAAAAUUGCCAAGCUAGCCUUUACACAACUGGACAAGGACCGAGUAAUUUUCUAUGAAGAGGACCUUAAGGAAUGUGGAAUUGGUGCCAAUGAUCCUCUUGUCUCUGGGAUGUGCACAGAGAUCUUAAAGGAGGAAUCUGACUGUUAUGUCAACAACUUGCACGAGAAGAUGUACUACUUUGUGCAUCUUAGCAUCCAGGAGUUCCUUGCUGCCUUCUUUGCAUUUCACUGCUAUUUAAGCAUGAACCUAAAACCUAUCAAGAUGUUUCUGGCUCAGAAGAACAAACCUAUGUCUGAUGAUUUGAAACUGGACGAUUUUCUGAAAAUGGCAGUCAACAAAGCACUGGACAGUAAAAAUGGUCACUACGACCUGUUCGUCAGAUUUCUUCAUGGCAUCUCACUGGAGUCCAAUCAAAGGAUUUUAGGCGGCCUCCUCCCCCGUUCAGAAUCUGAUCCAGAAACCAUGGGAAGAAUCAUCAGCAACCUCAAGAAAGUACAGAGGAGGAAUAUCUCAGCGGAAAGGUGCAUGAAUCUCUUCCACUGCCUCAGUGAAAUGAAUGACCGCUCGGUCCAUGAGGAAGUCCAGGGAUUUUUGAACUCGGAGAAUUCAGGCUCAGUCAAAAUGUUGUCACUGGCACAUUGCUCUGCUCUAGCCUACAUGCUUAAUCUCUCUGAUGAUAUUCAGGAUGAGUUUGACCUGAAGAAGUACAACACAUCUGAUGAGGGUCGCAAGAGGCUGGUUCCAGCUGUGAAAAACUGCCGUAAGGCUGACCUUGCUGGCUGUAAGCUCACAGAGAACUCCUGUGACACUGUGGCCUCAGCAUUACAGUCUGCAGACUCAGCGCUGAGAGAGUUGGACCUGAGUGACAACGAUCUUCAGGAUUCCGGGAUUAAGAUUCUCUGUUCUGGACUGAAAAGUACAAACUGUAAACUGGAGAAACUGAGAUUAUCUUGCUGUGGGAUCACAGAGACUGGCUGUAAGGCGCUGGCAUCUGCUCUGCGUUCCAAUCCUUCUUAUCUGAGAGAGCUUGACCUGAGUUGCAAUUACCCAGGGGUUGAGGGAAAAGCCAUACUCUCUAAAACACAGAAGAAACUACGGUGUGCAAUAAGUUUUGACAGUGAAGCAGAAUACUGGUUGAAGUCCGGACUACGAAAAUAUGCCUGUAAAAUCACUUUAGACCAAAACACAGCACACAAAAAGUUAAGUUGGAAGAACCAUAAGGUUAGUGUGGAAAAGCAGGACCAGAAAUAUCCAAAUCACCCAGAGCGAUUCCAGCACUGUCAGCAGGUCUUAUGCAGUGAGGGCCUGACCGGGAAAGCUUACUGGGAAGUGGACUGGAGUGGACGAGCUACAAUUGGUGUUGCGUACAAGAGUAUUCACAGGGACGGACAAGAUGAUAAUAGGAUUGGAUGCAACAAGAAGUCCUGGGGUCUGGAGCAAUUUAUCACCUCAUUCGAUGCCAAACACAAUAACAACACUGAAACCAUCUCAACUCCUCGCUCUAAGUCUGGGCGUCUAGGAGUGUUCUUGGACUGGAAAAGUGGAACCCUGUCCUUCUACAAUAUCUCCUCAGGAGCACUGACCCACCUGCACACAUUCCUUGCGAGAUUUGUUGAACCACUCUACCCAGCAUUUGAGGUUUUGGAGAGUGUUACUCUGUGCCAAGUCAAAGAGCAUACUAAGAGACAGGAUAGUGAGUCCUAAAAUACUUUGCUGUGCUACAAUCACUAUUGAAUAACACAAAGAUCUAUUACCUUCAAUGGUCAUGAUGUAGUCAGGCUGCAGAAUGCCUCCACUGCUUUUCUGCAUAUGUUUGUGAAGUUUUUGUAAAGAUUUCUAAUCGGCUGUUACCAACUUUUAUCCACCAGAAAUUCUCUGAUAUUUUCGACUGUAUGUGUGUUUGUAUCAAUGAUUUUAAGGUUUUUUUGGUUUGCAUCAACAUUCUCUGGUUAAUAAUGUUUUGUUGAGUGGAAAUCACUGUUCAGUUAUUUAGAGGACUAUGACUUCCAAUGGUCAGCUUUCUGAUAUUUUUGACUGUAUUUGUAUCUGUAUUCAUACCAAUGUUUUUCACAUUUCACAUUGUCAUUUAAUUGUUAUGCUCUUUCUAAGUUCUUUUUUUAUUGUUUGCAUCAUCAGUCUCUGGUUAAUAACAUGUUUUGAUGAGUUGAAAUAAUUUAGUGAUGUUGAGGACAAUGACUGCAAUAUUCAGGCCGUCAUAGAAUGAGUCAACAUUUUUGCUUAUUGAUUUCUAACAGUUUUUAUAUCUUUCAGAAACAUAUGGAUAUUCUCAGAUA